AUGGGUGCAAAGUGUGAAGCAUUCAUUGGAGAUCCAAUAGACAGAAUAGUAUGCGCACCCUAUCUUACAGCAUACAAUACAUCGAUCUAUGUAGCAACAGGUGCAUCACAAGAUCAAAUGAUAUUAGAUGCAGAUUACUAUGUUAAAUUCUUAAAUAGUUAUGGCAAUGAUGCCUGUAAAAUUCAAUCUAGUUAUAGAACUCUAUGUUCUUUUUUUUUUAUUAAAUGUGUAAACAUCAAUGUAACAUUGGGACAACCUCCAAAUGAUACAUUACCUACGGCUACUACCAAUGUAACAGUAGCAUUUCCACAGUUUACAUGUAGAGAGAGUUGUCAAAAGAGUAUGGAUCUGUGUAGUGUAACACCUGAUCUAUACAACUGUGCCGACAAUACAACGACAUCACUUGGCAGUCGACCACUCUAUCCACCAGAGCUAUCGAUAGAGUUGUUCAAUCUAACAUCACUCAAUUAUAGUCACUAUCAAUACGAUCAAGGUACAAAUCAAAGUAUUUGGUCUUAUAUCUAUGAUCAACUCUAUUGUUUCAAUAGUACCGACUUGAGUCUCAAUAUCAAUGAGACCAUCGAUACUUCUGUUUGUCAAUCUCCUUUGGUUUAUAGAAAGAGUCCUGAUCGUUGGUACGAUGAAAAUAUUGCUGGUUAUACUUGGGUUACUGCUACUUCUGAUUGUUUAGUUCCAUGUCCAGCACCAGCAUUUUCAAUGGAUCAAUGGAAUAGUUUUUAUCACUUGGUAGAUACACUCAGUAUGAUGUCUGCUCUAUCUGCUCUAUUUAUGAUCAUCACCUAUGGAAUAUUGAAUAGAGAACAUACAAAUUAUGAAAAGAUCCUUUUAUUCCAAUUUACUAGUUUAUUCAUUCGAUCAUUGUCAGGUGUUGUAAUGGUAUUUUCAGGUGGAACUAAAAACAAUGUAUGUCCAGACCCAGGUAGAUCAAUGACAUCUCUUGAUACUCUAUGUGUUGUAUAUGGAGUUUUGUUUUAUGGCUUUUCUCUAAAUGCUAUCAUGUGGUGGAGCUUUUUGGUGUUUGAUUUGUGGUGUGUCGUAAGAAAAUAUAAACAACCUCCUUUACAACAAUUCCGUCAAUUAAAAUUAUUAUACUUUUUAAUUGGUUCAACUAUUAUUACAAUAGUUAUGACUGUAUUUGCUACAAUUAAAGGAAAAUAUAUCGCCGAUAAAGGAAAUGUUGUAUGUUGGAUUUCUGACAAUGAUUAUGUUGACGAAUUAUUCUGGGGACCUGUAGGUGCUUUAAUUGGUGUUUGUUCUAUUUUAAUCGUUUGGAUUAUAGUUGAUGUUUAUAGAUUAAUUAAUAGAACAAAUGUUGGCUGGCAACUUGGAAAAAAGUUUGUUUAUGCACAAAUAGGACCUUUGGGUUAUAUUAUUGUGUUUUAUGUUGCCUAUGUUUACAUUUUCGUUUAUAAUCGUACCUAUCAUCUUUCAUAUCUCGAACUCAAAAAGAAGUCAGCUGUUGCCUAUUUUGACUGCAUUUUAAAUUCUCAAGCAGGUGGAUAUGACCCAAAUACGUGUUUGGUGGCAGGUCCAGAGAUUGCAGCCUACACUAUAUUCAUUACUCUGCUUCAGAUAUUUGGCAUGUUUACACUCUUUUAUGCAUUCAACUCUAAAUUUGUGGCCAUUUGGAAGGAAACUUUGCUCAAGCUAAGAGCUUGGUUCUACUACAGAGUAUUGGGUAAAAAAGUACAACUUGACUAUAACCCUUCAACAGCUAUCAAUACGGCUACUACUGCCACAAAAUUAUCUUCAGUUGGUUCAACCGAUGGAAUGUCAUCACUUUCUAUAAGUCCACCAAUUGCAUCGGCAUCACAAAAGAAAUCAAAAAAAAAUAGGCAAUCAAAAUUAAUAUUAUCACCAACCUUUGAUCAAUUGCCUCCAAUGAAUGAUAAUGAUAAUAACAACAACAAUAAUAAUAAUGUAGAUAUUCAACUUGAAACAUUCAAUAAUCAUUCCGAUAAUAAUAAUAAUAAUGUAGAUAUUCAACUUGAAACUCUCAACAAUCAACAGUCCGAGAGUAAUAAUAUUAAUAGUAACGAUAAUAAUCAAAAUGUUGGCAACUCUGAAUCCAACAAUAAUGGAGGAGAAAUAGCUACAUUUGAAUCAAAAGAAUAA